AGUUAGUGACUGGCCCAGGGUCACACAAUAAACUUCAUAGCUGAGUGGGAACUUGAAUGCAGAUCUCCAGAGUUCCACUACAGUACUACACCACACUGGCGUGAUCAGUAUCAUUGUUACUCUUUGAAAUACCAGUCUGUACAGAGGGGUACUGCAUCUCUCUAGAAGACUUGCAGCUGAGAGGAAAUUCUAUCUGGUAACCAUUAGACAGAAAUGCUUUAAAUGGGAUUCCUGCAUCAAGCUGGAAUGGACUGUAUAGCUUAACUGGCCCCUUCUAAUUCUGUAGUUCUACUACCUCUUCCAUUGUGGAGGUAGUAACAUCAUCACUGCCAUUUGGAAACCUCUAACCUAAUUCUGACAAUGUCAACUUAGAAUUAUGACUUGCUGCUUUCAAGGAACCUCAGGCUGGGAAGUACUUUGAAGAUAUGGAAUAUCACCAUCUGAAGACCAGGUGUUCUAGUGUCUGAAGCUACUUAUUGAUGUUUUCAUUCUACCUUGGAAUUACAACCAAGUUGAUCUGGAGUUUAAAUUGCCUCAAAAUUGACCAUGUUUUUAAAAUCACUGGUUCUUUAUCAGAAUCAACUUUAUAAAAUCUGUGUACAGUUGAAAACUGAAAGAAUAUGCUUUUUUUCCCUCUCAAGUUGGAGAGUCUUAUCCAAUGGAUUGUGUUCCUCACUUGGGAACAAUUGAGAUAUUUUAUUGGAGUCAGCCAAUGGUAGGAGACACCACCUCACUGCUUUCUCCUGGUGUAAACAGAAGAAAAUGUGAACACUUUCCCUCCUACCCACCCACACACACUGGAAAAGAAUUAACAGGAACAGGAUGACAACCAGCUGAAAAAUUAUGGAGGCUGCUUGUUAAAGUAGGAAACACUUCCACCUCCAGAGGAAGCAGAGGGAGUCAUUAGUGCCAAGUUGGCAUAUUCUGUUUGGUGAGAAUCUUGAUCAAAGUAAUGUCCAAAAUCAGAACAUCCUUGUGUGGCUAAUGUAAGUGCACAGCAACCAUUCUUCCAGUGAGGGAAUUCUGUCAGGGACCAACUUACUGUUUUCUUGGUCUUCUGCAGUUGCCAGCAACCUACAUUUUUUACCAAUUAAUAUGUUGUGAAAAUGUACCCUAAGCCUUGUUCUUCAACCAUGAAGAUUCUUUUCUACUGAUGUCCCUGGAAAGAAAUGUUUGAAAGUGGAAGACCUCCUUAGGGAACAGGUUACCGUUCCUUUGGGAACCUGUGCCUCCAUGCUCUUAUACACAUCUCCAUUACAUGCUCUGAUACAUCAUGAGGUGGUAGAUGAAAAGCCUUCCUCUGUCUUCUCAGAAUUUGAUAUAAUUCUUUAAAAGAAACAAACAGUCCUGUCCCUUAUGAAAGGGGACUGUUUUUACACAACAGCCUCAAGAGGAUAAGGCAUCGGGUUCAAACACUUUUUUCUGGUUGUUGCUAAACUACAAGUUUGAAUAAAAUGAAAGAAGGGCCGGCACAGUAUCUUUAAUAUGCUGACUGGGUAUCUUAGAGCUUUUGGGACCACAUGCAGUCAACAGGUCUGGGAACAAUGAGACACAAAGGGACUGAGGAGUGCCAUGGAUUAUGUGUAGACCAUCUUGGUUCAGUGACAGAACAUUGCAUGCAGAAGGACCCCAGCUGAAUCUGGUACAGCUGGGGAAAUUCCUGCCUAGAACUCUUGAAAGCUGCUGCUGCUCAUCGUUGGGCUACACAAACUGGUGGUCUGACUCAGUAUAAGGCAGUUUCUCAUAUUCUUACUAUGUCUUUCAUGUGAAUGGAUUUAGGUGAAAGCAACUUGAUUACUUUGAACUGUAGCUGCCUGACAUGUCAAUGUGUUAGGUCUGAAAAGUUAGGUGCUCUUGUUGCAAGAGAAGUUAAUUGCAACCUGAGCUUGAAGCACAUUUUCACCACUUCUGCAUCUGACCUGUUAACAGCUUUUCUGUGCCACCUAUUUUUUUUCAAAAGAAACAUUGUCAGAUUCUUGCUUGUUUCCUUUGUUGUUUUGGUUGGAGUUAUCCUUAUGUGGAUCUGAAAAUAUAUAUGAAAGUAUACAAAGGAAGACACAUGUAACCAUCAGAACUUGAAGUGGAAUUUCUCCCAGCAUGGUAGAAAUCUUAUGCAUUAGUGACUUGAGACCAUAAUUUUAUACAAAGAAUCUCCAUGUAGCUCCUUGUGAAAGUUAUUUAUAAUAUCUGGUGUGUCCUCUGGAUGAUUUUCCCCGUUUUAAGUACACAUUUUCUUUUCAGUGUGUCUUUGCAGGUGGUAUAUACCUGCAUCUUCAACCUGAUUCAUGCAUGUUGAAUGGACAUUUAUUUUAUCUACCUAGUCUAUGUUUGUUAACUGAACUGUGCAAAGAUAAGUCCGUAGUGGUAGAAAAAGUGCCUGUGAUAGCAGAAAUGGCUGAUUCCAAGCCUGAUUUGAAUGCAGUCUUGUUCACAUUGGGGUUGAUUGGUCUGUGUAUCCGUGAGAAGAAUUGCAUAGAAAAAAUAAGCAGAGUAUGUGUAAAUCAACUUUUUGAGUCAAAGAGAACAUACAUAUGUGUAAGAGGCAAAGUAAGGUUGAGUGCGUGUGUGGAGAAGUCUAUAUGAAUAUGAAACUAUGCACAUAUGUAAAAAGGCUAUGUGUUCUGGGUGGAUAUUACGAUGAGUUUGAAUUAAUUAGCCCUUGGAAUAGCCACUGGACAAUUUUUAUCUUCCUUUGCAGCCUUUCAAUAUUAAAAAAUAUCUCUUCUCAAGGUGCAGUAGAAUGUACCCUGGUGUGCCAUCCGGUCUCUCAGCUGUGACUAAUGUAAAAUAUUCUUCAAUAGCUUAAAAAUCUGAAAACAACCAUUUCCCCAAUCGCAGAAAGGUUGUUCUGGUUACUUUGGACUUAUGUUCUAUCCAGAGUACUUAUUUGAACAAGUAAAACCAUAUUUGAUAUUCAGAUAUAAAUAACUAUUUAAUCAAUAUUUGUGACAGCUUCUAUCUCCAUUUUAACUGUGUGUUUUGUUGGCAAUUCCUGCAGCUCUUCAUUGUGAGGGUUAAAAAGCAAGUGACUAAGCUAGAAGCCUUUAUCACACUUUCUGGCAAUAGGAUUUAAAUAGUCACCACCUGCUUUUAUCAAAAGGCCUUUGAGGGUAAGGGUCCUGGAAACUUGCAGAACAUUUGAACUAAAUAUGAUGAUUUGACUUUAUAAGAAUCCUCAGUAACCAUGAUGGCAACACAGACGUUAAGUAUAGACAACUACCAAGAUGGACAACAACAGAUGCAAGUAGUAACAGAAUUAAAAACUGAGCAGGACCCAAACUGCUUGGAAGCAGAUGCAGGAGGAUUGAGCCCUUCCCCAGUAGAGUCCCAGACACCGAUGGAUGCGGACAAGCAGGCUAUUUACAGACAUCCACUGUUUCCUUUAUUAGCACUGUUGUUUGAAAAAUGUGAACAAUCUACACAGGGAUCAGAAGGCACAACAUCUGCAAGCUUUGAUGUAGAUAUUGAAAACUUUGUUAGGAAACAGGAGAAGGAAGGAAAGCCCUUUUUUUGUGAAGAUCCAGAAGCUGAUAAUUUAAUGGUAAAGGCUAUUCAGGUUCUGCGAAUUCAUCUGCUUGAGCUAGAAAAAGUUAAUGAGCUCUGUAAGGAUUUCUGUAGUCGCUAUAUUGCAUGUCUGAAAACUAAAAUGAAUAGUGAAACUCUGCUGAGUGGAGAAUCUGGCAGCCCUUAUUCACCUGUACAACCCCAGUCCAGCAACUUUAAACAUGAUAAAGAUAGCUUGGAUUUGCUGGAGCAGCUGUCUUCAUGGAAACAGUCACCAGAAAAUCCAAUUCAAAGUGCCAUCACAGGUACACUAAGUCCCCAGGGGAUUAUGGUGCCUGCAUCAGCAUUGCAGCAGGGAAAUGUAACUAUGGCAACUGUUGCAGGUGGUACAGUCUAUCAACCGGUGACCGUGGUCACACCUCAAGGUCAAGUAGUGACACAAACAUUAUCACCUGGAACCAUCAGGAUCCAGAACUCUCAGCUCCAGUUACAGUUAAACCAAGAUUUAAGCAUCUUGCAUCAAGAUGAUGGGUCAUCCAAAAAUAAAAGAGGAGUACUUCCAAAGCAUGCUACAAAUGUAAUGAGGUCUUGGCUUUUCCAGCACAUAGGGCAUCCAUAUCCAACAGAAGAUGAGAAAAAACAGAUAGCAGCACAAACAAAUCUUACAUUACUUCAGGUUAACAACUGGUUCAUUAAUGCUAGAAGGCGAAUUCUCCAGCCAAUGUUGGAUUCAAGCUGUUCUGAAACUCCAAAAACAAAGAAGAAAACAGCUCAAAACCGCCCAGUUCAAAGGUUCUGGCCAGAUUCCAUUGCAUCAGGAGUAACUCAGCAUCAGUCAAAUGAACUUACCAUGUCAGAUGGAGCCGUUGUGACAAUUACUGCUCCAGUCAACAUGAAUGUAGACAGUCUCCAGUCUCUUUCAUCUGAUGGUACCACUUUAGCUGUUCAACAAGUCAUGAUGGCAGGACAAAGUGAAGAUGAAUCUGUAGACAGCACUGAAGAUGAUGGAGCAGACCUUUCAUCUACAAACAUCAGUGGGCUGGUCUUGGAUAACAGUGAUUCUCUGCAGUAGGAAGCAAGAGAAUUUGGCUUAAAUGUUUAGGAAAAACAAUGAACUGACUGACUUUUUAUAGUUUGCACAGCAAACAUUUUACACAGUUUUAUUUCUAAUAUGUUUUAUAUGUAGAUAUAGAAGAGUGCACUUUUUGUAUUUCAUAGUAAGCUUAAAGAGUGUCUUUGCAGGUGCAGCAACUUCUUUCAAAUGUGUUGUUUUUGAUUUUAAAUUUGAAAAAUCUAGUAAUUUAAAAAUGCAUAAUCAGCCCAUUAUUUUCUUAGAGCAGCUUUCUCACAUGCAAAAUUGAUUCCACAUUGACCUGAUAAUGGGGUGAUGGGACUGAGGUCAUCAGGAAAGAUGGUAGAUACCUGGUGGGUGAGUUAAAAUUACUUCAGCAUGGAUUGAAACAGAACUCUAUCACAUAAUCACCAUCUUACUCAACAUUUCCUGACCUAUAACAUCAUAAAACUUGCUGCAGCUUUGUGACAUAAUGAAAUUGCCCUGGUGGGAGAGUUAAAAGUACUUCCGUUUCCUUGAGCAUUACACAAUUUCAACUAUUCCUCUCAUUUUAAGAUUACUCUUGGUGGUUUAACAAUGUAAUGUAAAGCAUGUCAAACUAGUGUAUGAGAUUUCUUUAUGAAGUUAGCCAUGUAGAUUUGAAAGAUGCUUCUGCACCUUAAAAAAAAUCCUGCCAGUCUGAAGUGGGCAAGAAACACACAAAAGUGGUGAUGUGUGAUUCAUUAACGAAUGUAUGGCAUUUAAAAUAAACUUAAUUUCUCAUAGAGUUGUUAGGUGGAAACCUCUGAAUUCUUCCUGUACCUUUUAAAUUUGCCACUGAGGUAGCCACCACAGCUUCUGCUUCAUGCUUUUCCCCUAGUCAUUUUGGCCACCUACUCUGUAGCACAAUUUAAAUCCUAUUUGCAACAGAUGGGGGGGCACAGAAACAAGACUGAGAGAGGCAAAAAUGGCCAUAGCUUUCUCUUUAAUAUGUGGUAAAUUUAAAGGUGCAGAGGGGAUUCCUGGAUUGCAACUUAGCAGCCUGCUCCUAGCCAGUGAGCCUGUUCAUCAUUUGCUAUAAAACACUUAUUUUUACCUUUAUCAGGAUUAUUGGAUUAAAAAUAUUUUUAUAAAUUAUCUAAGAACUGAAAUGACUGUAUUGAGCAUGAGAAAAGAUGUUUAGUACUUCUAUUUGGAAGGUUAUGAAAACUGUCCAAAUUGAAUAAACAUGCCUAUGCUAUAUUCUGUGGAUCUCUGCUAUCCCAUCGUGGAACAGCUAUGAUGUCAUAAAAAGAAUCCCCUCCUUAAUAGGUUGUCGGAUGCUAAGCAUGUAUAUGACAUGUAAACUAUUGUUCAACUUAUAUUUCAGUCUAUUUUGAAACGUGUUUCUUAAGAGAGUUGAUGACCAGCUACCCGGUGAGUAAAAGUCUACAAUCUUUUCUGUAAUGAAGAGAAAAUUCUUCAUAUCAAUUGACAAGCUAAAAGAUACUAGCUUAUGAACUGGGAUUAAUCCACCUCCCUCACUACAUAGCAAAUGGAUUUUGAUUUUGCACUGCAAAUUCAAGAUAAUGAUAAGAUUAAAAUGGAUUUUUCAAGCACUGCACUACAUUUGUUGUGAACCAUCCAGGCAGCUUCAGCUAUUGGGUGAUAAUAUAAUGAAUAAUAAUAAUCCAACAGAGGUUCAAAUAUGAUUCAACACACUCAUGAUGUCUGGGAUUUUUUUUUCUUUUUUCUGUGCAUUUUGGGUUUGCUUAUAGCUCUACAUAUGUGCUGCUGCUGGAAGCUGGAAUUUUCCCACUGUCAACUUUAAAUAAUAAUCCUUAUAGCACAUCCAGACCAACUAUUACAGGAUAUGAGACAGUUAUCUUUUUUUUAGCAAAAUCAGGAUUCAACUCCAGCUGAAUGUGGUGGAUUAGCUUUGAUACAAGUUCUGAUUCAACAGAAAAAAUAAGGGUGCUGUUAAUUUCCUUUGUUCUUCUUAGUGGACAUUUUAAAAAUCACACCUAUUUCUUCUGCUGCCUUUAGGCUGUAUCAUGCACAAAACCACCACUAAAUGUUUCUACAUGGUAAAGGUUCUCUGCAGUAUUUCUUCAAAUCCUCAAUUUUCAAUACAAAUUGCUUGGAUGAGUGAGAUGUCCUUGCGCCAGCAUUGUUUUCUCCCUAGGAGAUGCAGCAUGGGCGAGAAUUAUCACAAGGUCUGAGAUGUUACGGCGGCAACCACGUGGAGCCUCUAAUACAAAAGCGUUCUUCAAUAGCAACAAUGCUGUUACUGAUAAUGUUCAAAUUGGCCCAGACUCGGAAUACAUGCCCUUUAGUCUCGUAUGACUUCUGAUUGCCAGAUAAAUGAGGCAACAGACAGAGAUAGAUAAGAAGGCCAUGAUAUGCAUAGCCUUGCAAAAAGGGAAAAACCCUUGGUUUUUCCAACCUUAGAACAUUAAAAAAUGCAAAGCAAGGGCCCAGCUGAGGGGUGACAGUCUUAGUGUGCUUCCAGGUGGAGGGCUUCUAAUACUAGCAAUCGGAAGGCAUUGUAGAGCAGUUUUGUACUUUUUCCUGUAAUGAUUUUUAUUUUUUUGAGAGCUAGAGGAAUAAAGAUGGAAGAAGAGGUGAAAAUGGGAAGGCAUUAAUUGGAAGAUGAUGCCUGGACUCCCUGUAAAUUCCCUGAGUGAGGUAGGAUGAUUGUACAAUAAAAGCAUCACCUGCAAGCACUUUUAGAUUCAGGAUUAGGCUGACGCUGUAGUGGUUGUUACAGCUGUGUAAAACUUAAGCCAACCCCUAACUUACUGUGCAUUUCUGGAAAUAAUAGGAAGAAAAUGGGAAAAGAGAUUUAUAAAAGUUUGUUUGGGAAAAAUUCAUAGAAGGCAGCAAGCUUAAGGGAAUGAUAUUCAAGCCUUAAUAAAAGCCACAAAAUUAAAACAGUUGAAAUGAAGAACUUCUGAAAUCUGCAUCUGAAUACAUUUUAUUGUUCUAUUAAAGUUAGUAGAAGUUUUUUCAUUAAGUGGGAUGUUUCAUAAAGCCUUUAUCAAAGUACGAAACUCAUCUUUUUCUGUCUUUUUAAAACUGGAAUAGUUGUGGCAGCAUCCAGCCAGAAAAAAUGAGUGUUGUGAACUUGUUGGGUGGUUAAUUCUUCAGCUACAGGUAGCAUGGCCAGUGUUCAAGGAUGGCAGACAUUGUAACUCAACUACAUCUGGAGGACCCUAGGUUUUGCCCUCUGGCGUAAACUGCUUUUCCUAGCCACAGGUGGUAUUGAAAAAUGUGUGCUAGAAGGACUGUGAACUUCGUCAUCAUAAUGUGGCCUAAUGGGUACCUAUAGAUAAUUUGCUUUUUAUAGCACUGUCCACUUAAUAAACCAGUGAGGAAUGGGGACGAUAACCAAGGAGAACUCAUGUCCUAGGAAUGCUUUAAAAGCAUUUUUACAUAAUUCAAAUUCAAAACUCAAUAGCUGUUGUAUUCUGCCCUGGUUUAUUUGGUGAUGUUUAGAAACAUUCCAUCACUUGAAAUAGUUGGUCAAAUGUAAAAUGAACUAAAAUGAGUAACCAAAACAAUCCUGUGUGCUCCUCUCAGAACCAAAUGGAAACAACAUAAAAUGCUAAUAUACUGCUUUCCAAGUAACCAUUUUAAAGCAUUGCAUUACAUGAAUGUGUGCAGUUUCUCAUUUAUGCAUCAUAAUGUUCCUCAUUGUCUUGGUGCUGAUAUUUCCAUCUCAUGCAUGCAUUAUUAAACCGCUUCACAUACAGUGUAGCUAAGAAUAAUCACUAUGUGGGUAUCCAGAACUAGUUGUGCAUCCAUUAUGCUAUUAGUGUGCAAAAACAGAUGGGGUGGGAUAGAGGCUUGGGAUGUCUUUGUGGCAUAGUACUACCUGCACAGUUAGAAAGACACACCUCAAAAGAAGCACAGAGAUGGCAGGCAGAAUGAAAGCUGAUGUGGGAUGUCUAAGCCAAUUGUGAGAAGGCCUGUUUCACUUUAAUGUAUUAGCUUGACAAAGAAAUUUAAAAGUUCAACACUAAUCAAGAACAGGGUUUGUCACAAGGUUCAGACUGCACCAUCUAAUGAUUUUUCUAUUUGCAUAUAUCUGAUGGAGAUAUGUUAAGCAUCAAUUUCUGAAUAGGUAUUCCACCUUUCUCUUUGAAACAUUUUACAGAACUUACUGGAAUUGCGUUGCAGGUUAAACCAAAUUAUUUUUAUCAAACUCAGAUUGCAUUUUUCCUCGGCUGCUUUCACAUUUUCAAGUGAUUUUGAUUCCACAAAAACUGGAAAGAGCCCUGUGUGGGGUUCCAAACCAUGUGUAUGUCAGCUCUUUGGAGCUGUGAUCCUAUUUUUUGGGUUAAUUUAAUUCUGCUGCUUCAGAUGCUUAGCAGCAAAAAUGCCUAUGCCUGCAAGAGCAGCCUAAUGUAAAGUUGGUGGAAAUGCUUGGUUUCAUAUGAAUAUUGGUUGCUGAUGCAGGAUACAAGAAAUGUGAAAACAAACAAACCACCUUAGGCCUUCAGAGCUAUAGGCUGAUAAAUUAAUAUUGGUUGUGCAGGAAGCCAAUGCAACCCCUAAAAGAUACAGUGUCAUCUCCUUCUGUUCCUAAACUUAUAAUCUUAGUAUAGCUUUGUAUUUUCGAAAUACAAAGAAAUAACCAGUGUUCCAUUAUGUCAGGAAAUAUUAUAACUGACAAUCUUUGAAAUCUAAAUUCUAAUCAGUUUAGGUGUUCUGUAUGUCUUUUAAUGGAAUUCUUGGAAAAUGUUUGCGCAUGGCAUAAUUAUGUUUCAUCUGUGUGUUUUAUAUGAAAUUGCUCAACUUAAAACAAGCAUGCUUUCUUUCUCUGCUUUGUGUUUAAAAGUAAAAUUUUGAAUUGCUUUAAUUAAGAUCCACUGUAUUGGUUACGUUCACUUUUCCCUGUUUUCAGCCCUGCAUAAUGCAAAUAUCAAUUUGUAUUUGUUUCGGAAUUAAUUACAGUGAGUAAGUUUUGUUUUAAAAGGUUCCACACCACAAUUCAAGGCAUAGGAGCAAAAAUGUGAAAAAUGUUAGAACAUUGUAUUUUUAAUUGUACAGACAUUUACUGAAAGACUAUGCAAUUGUUUAAUUCAGAAUAUUUCUUUUCUUUGUUCUGAAAUAAAAAUGACAGGGAUAUCAAA